AUAUAUAGCUAUAGCUAUGCCAGUGUUUACAAAUUUUUGAGUCGCAAAUCGUCGCUCAGCAGUGAAAGAUACACGAGGUUCAAUAUAUAAGUGGAGUUGAUUCACCGAAAUAAGCGCUUACAGACUGCCCAAAUUUGGAGAAAACCUUGAAAACGCAUUUCGUCCACCGAGGAGACAAUGGCCAGCGGAGGAGAUCAUCCCGAUCAGCCAAGGCAGCCCCGUAAUUUACAGGGCCUGCUGAAAUUCGCCAUGGAAGCAACCAAGUCGGAGGAUGCUCCCCACGAUUCACACUUCGAGCCAAUGGAUGAGGAACGUCGUCGGUUCCUGGAGGAAGCCCUCAAAUCGCUAACAUUGGACGUGGUCGAAGAGAUUGAGAAGGCAAUGAAAACCCUGAUGGAUCCGGACAAGGCCGAGGAGGACAAGGCGGAUGCGAUUGAGAUAAUCAUCGAUUUCGUCCAGGAUAUUGAUGCUGCCAAUGACUUCUACAAAGUGGGUGGAUUCGUCAUCAUCCAGCCCGGGCUCACAUCGCCAAACACAGAUGUUCGCAGUGGAACGCUUCGUCUGAUCGCGGAACUAUCUCAGAACAACCCAUUCUGCCAGCAGCACCUGCUUCAAGCCAACACUCUUCCCCAGAUAAUCGAACUGCUGUCGGAUGUACCACCGGUGGCCACCCAAGCCAUGCACGCCAUCUCCUGUAUGGUUCGGCACCACGAGCCAUGCUUGGCGGCAUUCAUCGAUAUGGGAGGCCUCGAGUGCAUCCUGGGAUGCAUUCAAACUGAUAACGAAAAACUGCGCAUCAAAUCGUCGUUCCUCAUGUCCAACCUUUGUACGGAGUUUUCCGCGGUGCGGGACGAGUUCAUCAAACUGAAUGCCGUCGAACGAGUGGUGGCCGCGGUUCGACCUUCCAAACAGUUCGAACCCAAGCUGGAGACGGCGCUGUCCACGUUGAAUGUGCUAACGGAGUGCGACGAAGGUAUUCGCCGGUGCCAGGAGCCUGGCCUGCAGUUGAAGGAGAAGCUGGAGCUGAUUCUCAACUUGAACAAUGGGAAGGAAGAAUGCUUGGAACAGAUUGAAUAUGCAAAUACUUUACUGAAACGAUGUUUUUCCGAUGAUAAUUGUGGCACUGAUCGAUAAAUUAAAAUAUAGAGUGUUCUCUCGUUCCUAAUACUAGUUCAA